AGUCUCUUCCCAAACCAUGUUCAGAUAGAUUUCUGCCCACUGCCUAUAUAAAUAGGAGCAGAGGGCCGGUCACCUCUGUAACCACCGGCGGUAGCAGAAGAAGCCGCAGCCAGAGGGGCCUCGGAGCGGAGGAGGCACUGCCUACUCAAGAAGCUGCCUGACCCGGCGGCUCCCCCAGACGCCGGCUUCGCCUUGGCCCUCUUUCUUUUCCUUCCUCUCCUCCUUGGAUUUCCCCCUCUUUUCCUUAAUCACUUCCUUCUCUCUCCCGGUGGACUUAGGUCACUUUGUCCUCCACCCCCACUUUAGCUUGCCGCCUCCUCUUUCUUCCUUCGACAUCUCUCUCUCCUCGCCCCAUUCUCUCGGUGUCACGCUCCCUCCUAGUUCUGUGCGUCUACAAACUUUUGAACAGAUUCCUGGCCGCAGCAAACAAGUCCUCCAGCUCCUCCUGCUGCUCCUGUUCGUUCCUGCGGCCUCCCCCCCAGACACUAACACCAGACGGCGAUGCCUCUUGCGUUGUGACUCCAGCGCAGAAACUUGGAGGAACCCUUUGCUAACCGUCCUACUUGGCAGCAAACCCUUCCUAGCGGCGAAUGGCCAUGUGUAGCGGAACAAGGCUGGCCCUGCUGGUCUACGGGAUAAUAAUGCACAGCAGCGUGUACUGCUCACCGGACACCACCGGGCUCCCGUUUCCCGGGAUCAGGUCGGAGGAUGAGGCGUACGAUGAGGACGGAAACCAGCUGCAAAACUUCUAUGACUCGGAGCCGCCCCGCAUAGACAGAUCCGCCUCUGUGCACCGCGAAGCCCACGCGCUCAACCACCCGGGGGAGAUAAGAGAUGUGGCCCACGCGAUCCUUCACAAGGCCUACCGCAAAGUGCUGGACCAGCUGUCCCGCAAGAAAUUACUGCAGAAGCUCGUGGCCAAGGGCGUGGGGACAAUUCAGCGCAAUCGCAUGGACGGGAUGGUCAUAUCGCACGGACAGAGUGGCAUUCGAAGCGAUAACGCAAAAGAUGACUCGGAUCCGCUCUCCAAGCGCCACUCAGACGGAAUCUUCACGGACAGCUACAGCCGCUACAGGAAACAAAUGGCUGUCAAGAAAUACUUGGCUGCUGUCCUAGGGAAAAGGCCUGAAGAUGUUAAUACUGACCAUUUGCUACUGUAUAUAAACAAUGACGCCCUGCUUCAGGGAGAUUUUGAGGUAAUGGUUUGGGAGAAUUGCUGUAGAGCAUUCUCUCCCGGUGAGUCUCUGGGGCAGGCUGCUUCAAUCCCAGCCCAACUCAACUAGGCACUAUCCCCUUUGCUGGGUGACAAUUCUAAUACUUCUGCUUUCUUUGAUUCUACUUUUAUGUGUAUUUGUCUCUCUUUGGACUCUCAGCCCACAAGGAGAUUCUCCCGAUAAAACAACAGCUCUAUCUAAAUUGUGCUUCUCCCCAGAAUUCACACCAUUCCCUGGGGCAGGAGUUGGGAGAUUAUACAGAGAAGGGAGACUGGAGUAAGAGCUCCCUUUUCUGUACUUCCAGGAAACCCACUAUCCCAAGGUUAGGACAAUUGGAACAAAGUGAAAGAAACGCAGGUAUACUGGAAGAGGCAGAGCAUAAGGCAGCAGGAGGAGGACCCUGGAGAGGGACUCUUUUGGGGCUGCCCCAGAUCUGGGAUGCUGGGGUUAAGCCGAGUCCCCACCUUAGGUCCCCAGCCUGACUGGGUGCUGGGUGUUUGAAAUGGAUGCAAAGUACAAUGUGUUUUUCUCCAGUGCUGUCCAUGCUUCUCAUCUUGUGAAAUGGCCAGGAUCCUCCCCUUUGAACCCUGCUCUGUAAGAGCCACCCUUUUCUUUGGUGUUUUUUCCCCCUGAAGACUCUGCCUUCCUACCCUCUUGCACUGUUAAGUACUGGUUACCAUUUUCAUUCACUUCUCUUAAACUUGUGAAUGUGUCUUACUUUUGUUGUUGUUUGAUGCAAGCGCUUACUGUAAAGUUUAGGAAACCCUGUGUAGUUAUCACUAAGUAAUGAUGCACUAAAUAUGAACCUUUUGUUUCUUGUUUAUUGAGUUUGUAGGUAAAAUGUAUUUUUCUACAUUAUGGCUUAUUGCUUAGUAAAAUUUAUUUCAUAAACCAACCUUUGUCAUAGUAGAAUGUGUAGUGUUCACAUGUUGCUCAGUUUUACUAACUGAUAAAUCAUUUAAACCUCGUCUUAUGUAUGAGUACUAUCUUAUAUUUGUGGCCAAGAGUAAGGCAAACAAGCUCCACCAGACCCUGAGAACUUCCCUUUGUAUCCUUUCUUGGCUACAGAAAGCAUGUCUGUCUGUUUCCUAUCAAUUUCUUGAACAUAUCAAGUAAUCUUUAUAAACAAAAGAACCUUCACCCAACAACCAGAUCAAGCAACAACACGCAAAACAAACUCCCAGAUUUCAGGCACAGAUUCUUUUGAAAAAGAAGAAGAACAACAACAAGAAAAGAUUAAACAUUAGCUUGUAAAGUCUAAAGGACCUUUCCUUUUCCUUUACGGAUUUGAUCAGUAUGAAGUCAUAAAUCAAAGAAAACAGAAUUGAAUUUGCAUUCCCAGGCGGGAUGGAUGCUGCCAGGAGAUCACAUUGCAGACAGUGAAAGCACAGAGGCUUUCGAUCUAUGCCUGAGUCCUGUGUAUGGGAUCAAUCUUUCUUUAAUUCUGCAGUCUCCUCAGGCAAUGUGACCUGGGACGCAGUUUGCAGCUGUAGUGCCUUUCUUUGCCUUUUAAAUCGCCACGAAUCACAGAUGGCUAUUUAGUGGCCCUACAAUGCUGCAACACAUCGGCUUGCAUUUUAGUCUUAAUUAUUUGUUUCUUGGAUAAUGGGCAGAAUUUUCUGUAUUUGUGUCAGCUGUUAGUGGUGAAAUAGGGCUCUAGUUAACCUUUUAUUUAUGAAGUCUAAUUUAGUGUUUCUGUGGCUAGUUGCAAGCAUUUACAGUGAUCAUCCAGUUUAAUCUUUUGUAUACUUUUUAGAAAUGCCAAGAGCCUUACUAACCUAAAGCAGAUUUAUGAUAUAGUGAUAAUUUAGGUAGAUGUUAGUCUUGAAGCUCUUAUUUUGUGUGCAAAUGAUUAUAAAAACAUCUUAACCAA